AUGGCAACUCUCCAUAAGCACUUUUUCCCCGACAAUGAGUCUUUCGCCUAUGAAGCUCUUCGAGCCGCCAGCUACACACACUGUGGUGGGGCAGAGCUAGCCGAAGUCAUCUCAGUGUGCUCUCGCAUUCCCCCCGGCGACGAAAAAAUCUGGCUCAGAGAAUGGCAAUUGGCUGGAGACCGCGCCGUCCAAGCCGCGAAAGCGAGCUUGGCGAAGAACAAUCGACGUGGUGCGCAGCAUGCCUUUUUACGCGCUUCGAAUUAUUACCGCACGGCCGAAUUUUACCGGCGAGACAACGUUUUCGAAGACGACCUUUCCAAGAAGCUCAUCGGUUUAAGUACCGAGACAUUUUAUUCUGCAGCCGAUCUCAUGCCAUACAAGACCAAAAGGAUCCAAAUCCUCUUUGAAGGGACUACUCUUCCGGGAACGAUGAUGCAGCCUGACAAAAGCGACAAACCGAGGCCCACGAUCAUUUUUAAUGGUGGCUUUGACUCCACCAAGGAAGAGAUAUUCUACAUGAAUGGCCAGGCGGCACUUGAAGAAGGCUUCAACGUUAUUCUCUUCGAUGGUCCGGGACAAGGCGAAGCUCUGAGAAAGCAGCGCCUCGUUUUCAGAAACGACUGGGAGACUGUAAUCACUGCGGUUGUCGACUAUGCUCUUGGUCAGCCCACAGUCAUCGCAAACAAGGUGUUCCUUAUGGGCAUCAGUAUGGGUGGCUACCUUGUCGGAAGAGCUCUAUGUUUCGAGCAUCGAUGCGCGGCCGCUAUCGUCAACGACGGGGUUUACGACUUUGGCGCUGCAUUUCAUUCCCAGAACCCUGGCCUUGGCAGAUUCCUGCUACGCAAUGGCUGGGACGCUACGAUGAAUGCUCUAAUGUUCCAGAUGAUGCGCUGGGAUACGGGCUUCAAAUGGGCGAUUUUGAAUGGAAUGUGGGCUUUCGGCGCUAAGUGUCCAGUAGAGGUGCUGCGCUGUGUGAGUGAGUAUAGUCUGGAGGGGCUCGUGGACAACAUCCAUACUCCAUUACUAGUUCUGGAUGCGAUUGAAGAUCAUUUCUUGAAAGGACAGCCAAAAGCCUUGUUUGGCAAGUUGCGCGGCGAGAAAGAAUUUGAGCAGUUUACGGCGGAAGAGGGGGCAACCUCGCACUGCCAUAUGGGGUCCCUCACUAGGCUCAACCAGGCGAUCUUUGACUAUCUACUUCCGCGGGUGCAAUAA